CCUUAGCGGCGGUGGGCGGCGCGAUAUAUCCGGGCUGGGCCGCGAAGAGAUUCGCACAGGUCCCCGCGGUCCGCGAUCGGACAGUCGGGAUCGCGAUUACGAGGAAGCUACAAGGAAGUCGGUGAAGGCCCCACCAUUUUCUCGUGGCAUUUCCCACUCGAUUACAACGCUUCGAUUAUUUCCGUUCGCGCCGUAUAACCGGCCCUAUCCGUCUGUCCUCGUUCGACUCGGCGGCCGGGCCGUCUCGUUGGUCCAUUUGUCUCCGUUCGUCGAACGCGUAACACGGCGCGGGCAGGGUGUCGGGCGCGCAUGCGCCCCCUCGCGAGUCUCCCGCGGCGUGCGAGAGAGAGGUGGAGUGGGGGGUGUGGCGGCAAGCUUCCAGCGGUAAUCGCGGCUCGCGGCUCAGUCGCUUGCCAGCUUUCAGAUCGAACGGAUUUUAUCGACACGGUGUGCUCGUUGCUUCCGAAGGAAUCGCCGGGGCUGAAAUAUCGGAUAUAAAAUCGUGCUCGAGGUGAAAGGAGAUCGGUUUCGUGUUCCACGUCCCUCGCCGGGCUCCCGAGACUUUGCCGCCUCGCUCCCUCGCGAAUAUCUGUCGUUUAACCUCGUCUCGAUAAGACUCGACUCGACUCGACUCGGACUCGAGAGACGGAUAUAAUACACACGCACACGCUACGCGCAGACACGCACGCACACGGACGACCGACACACGAACGCGCGACACACACGCGUACAGAGUGUCUGUACGUGUACGUGUAUGCACAGAUAGAGAGAAGACGAAAGGGAGAGGGAGGGUGAUAUAUUCAAGUGGUGCCGACUGUGAUACACUUAGCCGCGUAGAGAGAUAGGCUUUGUGAUAUACGUACCCGUAACACGCAUGGAUAUUUUGAUACCUCUGAACUUUCCUCGUAUGGAUUCCGAGAGCUGAUACAUCAGCCUGCAGAAAAUCUAUCCGGGACUGGUUCUCGACUGUUUCGGCUGUUUUCUUUUCCUCUCGCCGUGACAUACGCGUGUGUACGCGUCUAUACUCGGUAUACGCGAUACGCCUGGUGCGAAGACGAAUCAAGGUUUACGCACAGUCGUCGCCGGAGAUAUCGGACUGGACAUGUACGAGUAAAGCGCGUAGAAGGUGGCCGAAGGCAGGAGAGAGAAAGAAGAGAGGCGGAAGGAACGAUACACGUGCGCGUGGUCGGUGUCUCGAAGAUACCUGUGGAUGCCAGCCUGGACUCGCGACGUAUUAGGGCGCGGAUUUCUGCCCGAUGACCGCCGAGGGGACUCGCUUCUGCUCGCUAGCCGAUCCUCACCACUGAUAUUACGCCGCAUCGGACGGUUUAUCGGCCAAGCCGUGAUCGAGAGAGGAUAGAAUAGAAAGUGGGACGUGUUAUGAAAUUGUUGCCGACGAUCCAGCUACCGCAAUUGCCGCCGGUUUCGGCCGGGGGUGGAAUGACGGGAAUGGACUCUCGGCUACCGCCAGGCAUCUCGCUGCCUUUCAGCCCCACGGAGCUGCUCUGGCGAUACGGGCCGGCCAUGAAUUUCCCGCCCACUCAUCCGCCGCCCAGCCCGUUCCUCGACUUCAAGACUCACCUGCCGGCGAGUCUAGCGUCCGAUCCAAGGCUGUGGUCCCGGGAGGAUGUGGCGACGUUCCUCCGGUGGGCGGAGCGGGAGUUCGACCUGCCGCAGUUCGACAUGGACAUGUUCCAAAUGAACGGGAAGGCGCUGUGCCUGUUGACCAAGGCGGACCUGGGCGAGCGGUGCCCGGGCGCCGGGGACGUGCUGCACAACGUGCUCUCGAUGCUGGCCAGGGACUUUAGUCAGCUGCAGAGGUGUCUGCCGAGCAGCCCGGUCACCCCGACGAGGCCGUCCGCGUACCCCCUGAGCCCGCACUCGCACCCGCCGACGCCGACGUGGACGGAGAACCCGUACACCGCGAACCUGGCCUCGCUGAUGUCCGCGAACUCGGUGACGCUGUCGCCGGCGCCCUCGGUGGACAGCCAGGCCGGCUCGCCGGGGCACACGGAGGGCGCGCAGAGCCAGCUCUACAAGAGCGACUCGGACGAGGACAAUCAGCAGCCGGCGACCGGCAGCCCGCCGGCCACGCCGACCGCCCUGGCCGCGCAGAGGCUGAGCGAGGUCUGCGUCAAGGACCAGCCCAGCCCCACGCUCACCCAGCCGAUGAUGCCUCUGACGCCCGGUGCCUUCAGGACGAACCCCGCGAACGCGGCCAGGGAGUUUUUCCCCAGCGACUCGCCCGAGCCCAACACCAACGGCAGACUUCUGUGGGACUUUCUGCAACAACUGCUCAACGACCCGUCGCAACGGUACACGCACUAUAUCGCGUGGAAGAGCCGGGAAACGGGAGUGUUCAAAAUCGUCGAUCCCCCGGGGUUGGCGAGGCUCUGGGGCAUCCAAAAGAAUCAUCUUUCUAUGAAUUACGACAAGAUGAGCAGAGCUCUGCGGUACUAUUACCGCGUCAACAUUCUGCGAAAGGUCCAAGGGGAACGCCAUUGUUACCAAUUUCUGCGAAACCCGACCGAGCUCAAGAACAUAAAGAACAUAUCGCUGCUUCGUCAGCAAAUGCGGAUAAAGUCGGAGCCGGAAGAAGAAGGAGGAAGUGGCGUCGAGCCGGAAAUCGAUAUGCCAACGGACCUCUCCAUGUCCAGCAUGAGUCAGCCAUCCAACGAGCAGCAGCAGCAACAACAACAACAGCAGCAGCAGCAGCAGCAACAACAACAACAACCGCAGCAGCAACCUCUACCUCUCCACGAUCCUCCCACAAAGUACAGGAGUCACGCGUACAACUUGGUCAAGACCAAUCAAGAGACUGACGAGAGGAAGUGACGCGAGACGUAGUGCUGAUUCGAUCGCGCGUUACCAACGUUGCCAGGGUCGACGGAGUACUUGCUGUUGCCGUGUCGCAUCCUUGUCGCGUGCUCGUAGGCAGACGCGAUUCCAGAGAAUCCAUAGUCGAAGGAAUUCGUUUCCGAAGAAGGAGUUUCGUUAGGAACGAACGUGCUCCUCGAACGAUUUCAUCCGAUGGCUGAUCUCCACGCUCUGAGCUUGUGGGUCGCGUGACGUCAUCGGGGAAUCACCAGAUCGCCAGGCGUUCUUCGUCGAACGCGACGAAGACGCGCGCGG